CCUGCCCAUUCCAUUUCAUUGGGGACUACAUUCGUAUAAACAACGCAUCGUCAACGAAUCGUUACACACACACCCCACGCCUUUAGACACACCAGAUUUACCAGGCAAAAACAAACACAUCUCCUCUCAUCUCCGCCGUCGAUUUCUUCCGAUGGCGUUCUCCGACAACUCUCCCCGCCAAUCUCUCAUCCCUUCCUAUCUCUACUCGUCGUCGUCUAGCAACCUGUUGCUCAACAAGCUCACGACAAACAGAGCUGCUGCUACUGCUUUUUCAAGCCCUAGCGCCGAGCAAGCUGUUUCUCCGGCGAGGAGUAGAGUGAUGAUUCAGGCUCCGAACGAGCCGCUCGGCAAGAUCGAGAUGUACUCGCCGCAGUUCUACGCCGCCUGUACUGUUGGUGGAAUUUUGAGCUGUGGACUCACUCACAUGACCGUGACUCCUCUUGACCUCGUGAAAUGCAAUAUGCAGAUUGAUCCCGCAAAGUACAAGAGCAUCUCAUCAGGAUUUGGAGUAUUGCUUAAGGAGCAGGGUGUAAGGGGAUUCUUUAGGGGAUGGGUGCCGACACUUCUCGGGUACAGUGCUCAGGGUGCCUGCAAGUUUGGGUUUUACGAAUUCUUUAAGAAGUAUUAUUCUGAUAUUGCCGGGCCAGAGUAUGCUGCCAAAUACAAGACCCUCAUUUACCUUGCUGGUUCUGCAUCUGCUGAGGUGAUUGCUGAUAUCGCUUUAUGCCCCUUUGAAGCAGUGAAGGUUCGUGUACAGACUCAACCUGGUUUUGCUAGGGGUUUGGGUGAUGGACUUCCCAAGUUUGUCAAAUCUGAAGGCGCUCUUGGGUUAUACAAGGGCUUGGUUCCACUAUGGGGACGCCAGAUUCCAUAUACAAUGAUGAAGUUUGCAUCAUUUGAGACAAUCGUUGAGAUGUUAUAUAAAUAUGCGAUCCCUACACCGAAAGAACAGUGUAGCAAAGAGUUGCAGCUUGGUGUGAGCUUUGCUGGUGGAUAUGUUGCUGGUGUGUUCUGUGCUAUUGUGUCACAUCCUGCUGAUAAUCUUGUUUCUUUCCUUAACAAUGCGAAAGGUGCCACCGUCGGUGAUGCUGUGAAGAAGAUGGGUAUGUUGGGACUUUUCACCCGUGGGCUUCCUCUUCGUAUUGUCAUGAUUGGAACUCUCACAGGAGCCCAAUGGGGGAUAUAUGAUGCUUUCAAAGUUUUUGUCGGGCUGCCAACAACUGGUGGUGCUGCCCCUGUUGCUGCUGCUGAGACUGAGCCUGCACAGGCCUAGGACCAACUCCAGUGGUUGAGGGAUUUUGGUUCUGAGACAAUGAGAGGCUGUUAAAUAAAUAUAGCAUGGCUGAUGUUGCGUGGAUGGCAAAUCAGAAUAUUCUUUUUUUACAUCUAAAACUUGUGGCAGUUUGUUCCUAGUUAACUCUGAUAUUGGAGGUGGUAAUCCACUCCCGUUUCCUUGGAAAUUUUUUGUUAGAAUAGACAGAGAUGCCCAUCUUGAGAUUAGGAUAAUGCUUUUGCCCCACUGGAAAGACAUAUAAUAAUGGACAACUUGGGGUAGUUUGUUUUGUCCAUAUACGGUUUAUUAACUAUAUCUAGUUUUUUUCUGGCUAUUUACAGGCUGUUUGCUUCA